AUGAUCAAACUCAUCGCACUUGUAUCGCUGUUGUCAGCGGCCACGGUGUGGGGUCAGGUCCAGCCGUCUGGUGUCACCAGACCGAUCGUUGAGGACUGUGGUUUCAACGGCACCGUGGUCUGCGUGAACAAAUAUGGCGCCGUGUUGCCAUACCACUUCAACCGAACUAUUUCGAGCAAUGCCGCCGACUUCGACUAUCGAAACACUACAGUCGGAAAUGCUUCAACAUUUGACCUCCUCCAGGCGGCAGACUUUGUGGUCUUCGAUCAACAACGUGGCCUGCAGUACCUUGGUAGUAAUCCAAGCUACGAAUUUGUCUUCUCAGUAUCGGCGGCCGUGCAUGAAGCCCCCGUCUAUGCCCCGGAACAGAACUUACUCUUCAUUUCGCAGUUAGCCCCUCCUGCUGGGACUCUACCUCAGCUUGUGGUUAACCUCAACGCGGAUCCACCGACCCUGAGCGAGUACAUUCCUAACCCUCCCGUCUACGCUCCGAACGGCGGCAGUUUCCGCAAUGGUCUCAUCGUCUUCGCUGCCAGUGGCGGCAAUGACAGUAUUGGAGGUGGAGAGCAAAGAGUCUCCCUUCGAACAGUCGACCCUGCCACCAAUCGGUCGACGGUACUCUUGAACAACUACUUUGGGUACUACUUCAACACCAUCGACGACGUUGCCAUUCAUCCUAUCACCAAGGAUAUCUUCUUCACGGAUCCUCAAUACAGCUGGUUUAACGCAUUGACCGAUACGGCGCCACAAUUGGGUACUGCAAGCUACCGCUUUGACCCCGAGACUGGUGCCACCUUCCUGAUUGACGAUACCCUACAGCAGCCAAACGGUAUUGCUUUCACUCCCGAUGGCAAUACUCUCUACAUUUCAGACACAGGUGCUGUCAGCGGACCAAUUGACCCAAGGCUCGGCAGCCAGGGCACCACAUUCAACACUACGGGAAAGCGAGCUGUGUAUGCGUUCGAUGUCACAAACAACGGCACCCGAGUGUCGAACAAACGUAGCUUCUACCUUGCGCAAGACUGGGUUCCAGAUGGGUUGAAGGUGUCCCAAGAAGGUCUUGUGCUGACCGGUGCUGGCAAAGGAGUCGAUGUCCUCGACGAAGUCGGGCAGCUCCUUAUUCGGAUCCAGACAAAUUAUACUGUGCAGAAUUUCGCCUGGACAGGAGAGAACCUCACGACGUUGUGGCUCAUGGGCAAUAAUGGUAUCAGCAAGGUGGAGUGGAAUAUUACGGGGCAAAGGCUGACGUGA